AUGGCUUAUGGACUUCCUCCUCAGAGGUCGCUCCCACAAUUCCUCACCUCCCCAAGACUGGGCAUCUAUGAGGAUGAGCAUCAUAAACUAUGGAUGGUUGCAAAACUGGAAAGUUGUUCUUAUUCACCAGUUUUCAACAGGUUGGGCUCCUGUUUAACUGUCUACUUGUGGCAGAUGACCAGAUUCCCCCAGGAGCCUAUUCCCUCCUCUUCCACGAAUUUCAACUGUCUGCCCAGGACGUGGAGAUUAGACUCCAUGAACACAUACUGGGGCACAGACUCCAUGCUGUGGAGAAUACUGGAUCAUUCCCAGUUUGGUGACACAGAGCAACUGGUCCUAAUGCUGAUGUGAGAGAGACUGACUGGUGGAAGCUGCUGGGAAGGUCUUGAUAGCCCGGCUGGCUCCUGCCCCUGUGUCCUCGGGGAAGACUCUGCACCUAGCCUUCUGCUCCUUCCUCAAGUUUCUAGUUCUACAGUGCCUCCUGCCCUAGUCAGACCCACUCUUUAGAUAAUCUGCUUUCUGUGAGCCUGGUCCGUCUGUGUCCUGACCCUUCUCCCUAGCUGGGGACAAACUGCACCUUCUCUUGCUCACUUUGUGCCUCUGGGACCUUAUAGAUGGCUCUUCUUAAGACCCCUCCUCCCUUCAAACUCCUCCACCUGGGCUUCUAGUGCUGUGUGUGGCAGGAGACUUGUCCCCCUUUACCUUAGGAAGUCUAGAGGUGCCUCUGGAGGAGGUACGGAUAGGGACUCUCUGCCCUGUGGGCCUCUGUGCUCACACUGGCAAGAAGUUUACCUGGUGCUGGGUAGAGGACACUGUGUGCUCAGUAGCUUGAAGGCACAGUGGGAUACGUAGAGAGAGCAUCUGGUGCACUUCUCCUUCGUGCUCAGUUCCUUGGCUCCUGGAAGUGAUGCUGACCCUAAGCCCCUCCCACCCCCAACUUGUUUUUAACGAAUUAAACUUUACUGCUUUUACUUAA